AUGUCACUUCAUCCCCCCUCAGAGGAUGCCCAAGAGGAUCCAUGGAACAGCAUCGAAAGCCAACGUGUCGCGAUCGUCACUGCGAAGUGCCUACAGAUCGGCAUGUUAAUGUCGUUGUUGCUCAAAGAGGACACUCUCAACAAUCUAUACGGGGUGAACACUAUCCUACUCCAGCAGCUGUUCUUCUACCACAGGGAGCAAGCCAUGUUUAACACGUCCACGGCCAUGUACAUCGAUUGGCUUUUGGAGGUCGGUGGUAUGGACAUCGGCUUCGUCGGCCAGAAUCGUCUGAGUAACCAGUUCAAUCGUUGCGUUGAACGGUGGCGUGAAGUCCUUGCUUCAGAGCACGUUCCCUCAAAUGACGAUGAACUCACGGAUUGCAUCAACGUUAUUUUGAGGGCUGAAGGCGGCGUUGCCGCUGGUGAUAAUCGAUUAGAUGCGUCCCCGAUUGCCCACCUGUUCUUUCUAGUGUGGAAGAAUCGUUUCCGAGAGGCGAAGAUGCUUUUGAAGUACCUCUCGAAACACGAGUCCUACAAGGACCGAUAUGCCGCCCAUCGACUUAGCCUACAGUUUCAUAUGCACAACUUCCGUCGUCUUCAUUUCAGGAUGAAAAUGAGUCCGCGGACUUACCUACUUCACGUCUUCUGCCAUGCGAACAUCUUCUCCUCAAUGGAUAUGGCUGAACGAUGUGCGAGCUUCCAGCGCGCCGAGCGGGGGUUGCUGUAUCUAUACCCACGUUGGUUUGUACCAGGGCUCCCUGCGUAA